CAAUCUGCCAUCUUUCUCGACGCCGGUGAGGUGUCGCAGAGCCCCCCGCUUCCCUCCUCCGCGUCCGUUCCUUCUCCUCACGUCCUGCGCCGGGGCCACCAUGGCCGCAGAGCCCGCCGCCGACCUCGCGUCCGCCGAAAAAAUGGAAGAGGAGGCACCCGCUCCCUCUACAUCUUCAGAUAAAAGUGACAGUGUGGAUGUAGAUAGUGAAGCGAAGAAACUGCUGGGCCUGGGACAGAAACAUCUGGUAAUGGGAGAUAUUCCAGCAGCUGUCAAUGCAUUCCAGGAAGCGGCUAGUCUGUUGGGUAAGAAAUAUGGUGAGACAGCUAAUGAGUGUGGGGAAGCCUUCUUUUUCUAUGGGAAAUCUCUUCUAGAGCUGGCAAGAAUGGAGAAUGGUGUGUUAGGAAAUGCCCUGGAAGGAGUGCAUGUGGAAGAAGAGGAAGGAGAAAAGACAGAAGAUGACUCUUUGGUAGAAAGUACUGAUAACAUAGAUGAGGAAGCAAGGGAAGAGUUGAGAGAACAGGUAUAUGACGCCAUGGGGGAAAAAGAAGAAACCAAAAAGUCAGAGGGAGAGACCCCAGUAGAGGAAGAAACCAAGAAAUCGGAGGGAGAGGCUCCUGCCGUAGAGGAAGAAACGAAGAAAUCGGAGGGAGAGGCUCCUGCUGUAGAGGCAGAAGUCAAAUCAGAAGGAGGGACUCUUUCUGCAGAGGCUGAAACCAAGAAAUCAGAGGGAGAAGCUUCUGCAGUAGAGACAGAAACCAAGAAAUCAGAGGGAGAGGCAGAAACCAGCAAAUUGGAGGCAGAAACCAAGAAAUCAGAGGGAGAGGCAGAAACCAGCAAGUCAGAGGCAGAAACCAAGAAAGCAGAGGGAGAGACAGAAACCAAGAAGCUGGAAGAGGAAAUUCCUGCAGUAGAAGCAGAAACCAAGAAAUCAGAGGCAGAGGCUCCUGCCUCGGGGGCAGAACUGCAAAAAUUGGAAGAAGAGACAGAAACCAAGAAACUGGAAGAGGAGACUCCUGCAGUAGAAGCAGAAACCAAGAAAUCAGAUGCAGAGACCAAGAAAUCUGAUGAGGAGACCUCAGAGGAAGCAGAGAACGCCCAGAGAAAUAAAAGCGAGAAAGGAACCGAAGGAGAAGACGUCGAAAUGGCAGACGUUGAAGACGAGCCACAGAGAAAGCCGGGAAUGGCCAGAGAAGCCAGGGGAAAUUGCUGAAGAAACAAAAGAGACAACAGAUCUUGCUGGACAGCCAAUGGAAGCUGAGGUACAAGAGACGUCUGUUUCAGAAGCGAGAACAGAGGCC